AGGUCCACCCCCAUUUGCAAUUCCAAAAGGUUGCACACCCAUAAGCACGAGAGAGAGAGAGAGAGAGAGAGAGAGGGGCUCAAAAAAGGCGAGAAUGAACCCAGACGAGGUGUCAAGGGCGUUCGUGGAGCACUACUACUCGACGUUCGAUUCGAACCGAGCGGCGCUGGCGAGCCUGUACCAGGAGGGUUCCAUGCUGACCUUCGAGGGCCAGAAGAUCCAGGGCUCACCGAACAUCGUGGCCAAGCUCACCAGCCUCCCCUUCCAGCAGUGCAAGCACGCCAUCACCACCGUCGACUGCCAGCCCUCCGGCCCCGCUGGCGGUAUGCUCGUCUUUGUCAGCGGCAAUCUCCAGCUUGUUGGCGAACAACACGCCCUCAAGUUCAGUCAGAUGUUCCAUCUGAUACCGACACCGCAAGGAAGCUUUUACGUGUUGAAUGACAUUUUCCGCUUGAAUUAUGCAUAAGCAGUGUUAAGACCACUCAGGAGUCUGCAUUGUUUGUUGAACAUCGAAUAUUUAGACCUGUUCGUCUAAUGUUAUUUAGCUUUUAUGCUUUUGGAAGGGGUACUGUAGACUUUAUCUAUGGUUGGCUACUUGCUUGUUUUCUAUGUUUGUUCAUUUUAAAGUAUGCUAUUUUGAUUGCGUGCA